GGUAAAAGCUUUCUCUCUCAUCUCUCAUUAUGCCUUCGUUUUUCUUACAAUUUCUCUUCCUCUGUUCCAUUUGGAUUCGCCAAUGAAUAUUAUGAUCUGGGAAAAUACCCACAUAAUCAAACCCCUUAUCUAUCGCUUACAAGAUUUCUUGUUCUUCAUCGAUUUUCUUUGCUGUCUCUAUCCCUAUUCUUUUUCCCAGCUUUUACCCGAUCAAACUCUCGAUAUUUUGUAUGGAAUUCGUCAAUUUAACCAGUCUUCAUUGUUGGGUAUCGUUGAAAUUGCUGUUUUAAUUAAUAAAUUUCAGUGGAGUUGGAUUUGAAUUUGCUGGUAUUUGAGUAAAUUUAUCUGGGUUUUCCUCUGAUUUUCAUUUUCACCGAUUCGAAGGUUUCAUUUCCCAUUUGGGAUUUUGUUUGCUCUGUUUUCUUAUUCGGUGUUCAUAUUUGAGUUCUUCCGCAUAAUCUUUCGUUUUUACUGUAUAACUAUUGGUUGAUUCUGAAUCUCCAACCCUUUUUUUUGGGGGGGGAAAAAUCGCCAUGGAUGACGGAUUUGGGCGUUUUUGCGAUGUCUGUUCUUCUAGAUUUUAGAAAGGAAAAUUGUGUAGAAUCGUGUUUCUUCAGAUGGGUAAUAACUGUCUUCGUAGGAAUUCGAAGGGUGGAUUUUUCUACUCGAUUUCCCAUGCAAUUUGGUGGUCUCGAUCGGGAAUGGCUUCUCAUACUAAGAAAGAGGUUUCUAAAGAAUCGAUGAAAAACCCUAACCCUAAUGAAGAAGUUCAAAACACUCCCCCUGAACCAGUAAUGAUUGUUGAUGAUAGGGCUAAACCAGUGGAAGUUGUAAAACCCAAGGAAGAAGAUAUAAUCAUCAUCAAACCUUUAGAACCUUUGGUAUCUAUAGAAGAUCUGAUCAAACCAGCAGAAAAACCACCUAGAUAUGAUGAGGAGAGAUUACCAGUUGAAUUGUUAAUCCCGAAACCGGUAGAUGAACCACUGAGAUUCGUUGAUGAGAGAAUACCGCCGGUUGAAACGGCAAUGCCAAAGGAAGAUAGUAGUAGUGGUGGUAAUAAUAAUAAUGUUUCUGAAGAUUUGACGAAAGCAAAGAAGCCUAAGAAAAUAGUAAGUGCAGGUUUGCAGGUAGAGUCAGUUUUGCAAACAAAAACUGGUCAUUUGAGGGAGUUUUACAGCUUGGGAAGGAAACUUGGACAUGGGCAAUUUGGGACAACUUUUCUUUGUGUAGAGAAGUCAACUGGGAAAGAAUAUGCCUGCAAAUCGAUAGCGAAAAGGAAGUUGGCGACAAUGGAUGACGUUGAAGAUGUGAGAAGGGAGAUUCAGAUAAUGCAUCAUUUAAUUGGUAUUCCCAGCAUUGUUUCUAUUAAAGGUGCUUAUGAAGAUGCUGUUGCUGUACAUGUUGUCAUGGAACUUUGUGAAGGCGGUGAGCUUUUUGAUAGGAUCGUUAAGCUCGGCCAUUACACCGAAAGACAGGCUGCUGAACUUGCAAGAACCAUAGUUGGUGUAAUAGAAGCUUGCCAUUCUCUUGGAGUCAUGCACCGCGACCUCAAGCCGGAGAAUUUCCUUUUUGUCGAUUCACGGGAGGACUCUCCCUUGAAAGCUAUUGAUUUUGGGUUGUCCAUGUUCUUCAAGCCAGGGGAUAUAUUCAGUGAUGUGGUCGGGAGUCCUUACUAUGUUGCUCCUGAAGUUUUGUGCAAAUUAUAUGGCCCAGAAUCUGAUGUUUGGAGUGCUGGUGUGAUGCUUUACAUACUUUUAAGUGGGGUGCCUCCUUUUUGGGCAGAAACCGAGCAAGAGAUAUUUGAUGAAGUGUUACACGGAGAUCUCGACUUCACGUUAGAUCCGUGGCCGAGUAUUUCUGACAGUGCCAAAGAUUUGGUACGGAAGAUGCUCGUUAGAAACCCCAAAGAGCGCCUAACCGCUCAUGAAGUUUUAUGCCAUCCUUGGCUUCAGGUUGAUGGAGUGGCUCCAGACAAGCCUCUUGAUUCUGCAGUCUUGAGUCGUUUGAAACAAUUCUCUGCAAUGAACAAACUCAAGAAAAUGGCUCUGAGAGUCAUUGCUGAUAGCCUCUCCGAAGAAGAGAUCGCCGGUUUAAAGGAAAUGUUUAAGAUGAUCGAUACUGACAACAGCGGUCAAAUAACUUUUGAAGAACUCAAAGAUGGACUAAGAAGAUUUGGAGCAAAUCUUAAUGAGACAGAGAUAAAAGAUCUUAUGCAAGCUGUAAAUUCUAAAAAACGAUUGAACUAUUCCAUUUUAAAUGUGUUCAUUCUUCUAUUCGACAUCGUGCAAUAUCUCUUACAAAACAGUACUGAUUCCCAAACACAGGCUGAUUUCGACAACAAUGGCUGCAUUGACUACGGGGAGUUCAUAGCAGCAACACUUCAUUUGAACAAAGCUGGGAGAGAAGAUCAUCUCUUUGCAGCUUUCCAAUACUUCGAUAAGGACGGAAGCGGCUAUAUCACACAAGAUGAACUUCAACAAGCCUGUGAGGAAUUCGGCAUUGAGAACGUUCACUUGGAAGAUAUGAUCCGAGAAGUCGAUCAGGAUAAUGACGGUCGAAUCGAUUACAACGAAUUCGUCUCGAUGAUGCAAAAGGGAAAUGGUGAAUUGGGCAAGAAGGGUCAACAGAAUACUAACUUUAGCAUUGGUUUUAGGGAGGCACUUCCUGUUUGUUAGCAAAUCAGGAAAAUUUUCCCUCUCUUUGUCUCACAAUUUUCUGUGAAUGUAUAAAAUGUGUACAAUGUUUAUAUAUUGUUUGGGGUUGAUAAAUAACAUGUAUAGUAUAUGCUUUGUUUUA